CAGAAAACUUUGUAGGGGAAAUAGCCAGAGACAAUCACAGCUCAACAGCUUUUUAACUCAUCUCUCACUCUCAGAUCAUUCCUGUUUCAUACAUCUCUUCUCUCUCUCUCUUCCCUUCUCAACUUGAGAGUUUGGGAGAAAGAAGAAGAAAAGGUUUGAGAUUUGUUCACUAUAUCAUCUUUAUUCUCAACCCACCUGAGUUUCUCCAUUGCUUUCAUGUGAGAUCUUCUGUUUUUCUUCAUUUAUUUAUCUUCUCUGGAUUCGGAUCUAGCAAUAAGAAACUAGUUUUGGUAAAAGGUGUUUAUCGUUCAGACAACAACAACACUCAGAAACAGAAUCUUUAAUCUUCUUCUUACCCUUAGAGUCUGGAAAGAGCAUCUCUUCUUGUUCUCUCCUCCUUUAGAUUCUCUUAUCUUAUUAGAUGCUUAUCAUCUCUCUUUCUCUCACAGAUUCCUUUUGAAAAAUGCCAUCUCCAUAGAUUAAAGUCCCCAACUCUCUCUCACCUCUCUCUGAGUUCCACCAUUAUUACACAAUCAAAACCUCUGUUCUUUGUUCUUUAAAUUCAAUCAAGAACCGUUGAAAAAAAGAAGAAGAUGAGCAGAGGACUCGAAGUUAUGUCACCAGCAACAUACAUAGAGACAUCAAACUGGUUGUUCCAAGAGAACAGAGGAACCAAGUGGACAGCUGAAGAAAACAAGAAGUUCGAAAACGCUUUAGCCUUUUACGACAAAGACACGCCCGACAGAUGGUUCAAAGUCGCAGCUAUGCUCCCCGGCAAAACAGUCGGAGAUGUGAUCAAACAAUACAGAGAACUAGAGGAAGACGUCAGCGACAUCGAAGCUGGUCUUAUCCCGAUCCCUGGUUACGCCUCCGAUUCAUUCACACUAGAUUGGGGAGGCUACGACGCCGGGAACAAUGGGUUCAACAUGAACGGAUAUUACUUCGCCGCCGCCGGAGGAAAGAGAGGAUCCGCCGCGAGAACAGCGGAGCAUGAAAGGAAGAAAGGCGUUCCAUGGACAGAAGAAGAACACAGACAAUUUCUGAUUGGUCUGAAGAAAUAUGGAAAAGGUGAUUGGAGAAACAUAGCUCGAAACUUCGUGACCACACGGACGCCAACACAAGUAGCUAGUCACGCUCAGAAGUAUUUCAUCAGACAAGUCAACGGCGGCAAAGACAAACGCCGAUCAAGCAUCCAUGAUAUCACCACCGUCAACGUUCCUGACUCUCCUGAUACAGGUGCAGCUGAUACCUCAACCGCAAACGCUCCAUGUUCACCCCCGUCACUAGGAGGAAGCCAGCGAGAGGCAUCUGAUCAAUGGGAAGGUCAAACGAUAUAUGAUGAAACUUCAGCUGCGUUUUACAAUCAAAACGCGUUUCAAGAAACGCUCCUUGGAAUGUCGUCAACGCCGUAUAUGGCAAAACUGCAGGAGCAAAGUUUUCUAAACGCAUCGCAAUUUGAAUCGUACAAUGCAUAUCUCCAAAUGUAGCACAAGGUGAAGAUCUCGGGGAGGUUACCGAGUUAAUAAUGAUUAAUAAUUUUUUACUCUUUUGUUUUUAUUGAUCGGCGUGCAUAUACAAAAAUACUGCUCUCAUGUUUCUUUUCGAAAUAUUUUUUGUUUAUUUUUGUGGUUAAUUUAACGAGCAUUUCAGCAAA